GUUCUGUUUUUGAAUGCUUCUGUUUGGCUCAUGUGCGGGGAGUCCAAACUUCAAGGUCUGCGUGGUAGUAGGAUAUAGACAUCUCUACCGCCUAAGAGUAUACCGUGGUCCAAGGACCGACCAUGUAAUGUUACAUAGCUCUUCGCAGCUUUUGGCAUUGGAUUUUUUACUAUUUGUUCCUUUGGUAAAUUAACCAAUAUCACCGACUCUUGAAGCAGACUGAGACAGAUAGGCACCGGAGUUUCCCAGGCGUCUAGCCUUUACAUAAACGGUCGCAUGAUGCUGUUGUCGGUCAACUGUUCGCUCCCUUUCUUUCUCUGCAGCGCUGAAAAGACUCGAACUAGUCAUGUUUUCUGUUCCAACCGACUCCUCCAACUUUGAUCCAGGGUUCGUCCCUUUCCUUCCUGAGCAUACGUUGCAACGUAUGGAAUCUCCUCGCAUAUCCUCGCUCCUUCGAUCCAACGAUGGUCCGCUUGACUCGGAAAGAAGGGAGUUCAUGUGCUCCCUGAAAGCUAGCCAGGAUGCGACAAAGGCGUUGCAGAGCAAAAUAGAGGCUACCCAGCGUCUGUUGGAUUUUUUGAAGAAUCAGAGAAGAAUCGCCGAGUCUAACACAGCUGAUACUACCAAAAUUCUUCGUCAAUACCGUAUCCUUAAUACGGAUUGCCUUACGAAGAUAUUUCAGCAGUGUUUGGCCGAUCAGAAUGGCGAUUCUGACAAUGAUGAUUAUUCAUUCGGGCCCCGAGAGGGCUUCGACUGCUUGAACCCUGUGCGACGAGCACCUUGGUCGUUAGCACAGGUUUGUUGUAGGUGGAGAGACGUUGCUUUGGGUUCGCCAGGUUUAUGGUCCUGCGUCGACAUUGAUUUCGGCUCCCUAUGCAAAGCACAGGAUUUCUACUCAAAGCGCCUCUUCAGGCUUGGGCUAUUUCUUGAAAGGAGUUGUGGUUUUCCUCUUCGAAUCCGUCUACGGAGCCGGUGGGAUAUAUCUGCAAACCCUAUCUUCCAGGCUUUGCUACCAACUUCAUCUCGGUGGACAGACGCCUUCUUUUCCUUACCUUCGAAAUCAUUCCGUUCGUUAUCUGCAUGUGGAUCAUUCUUCGGUCGGUUGGAGCGGCUACAAGUCAGCCUUAUGGGCCCCAUGGAGCUGGGAUUGGACACUUUCGCAAUGGCACACAACAUUCGCACCUUCACGAGUGACAUCCCUCAGCCCUUCCUCGUUUUCAGUCACUUCCCCGGUGCCAGCGUGAAAUCCUAUUCAGCCUUCGAUGGAUCCUUCCGUGAACAAGUAUCUGCGUUGACGCAUUUGCCGAACGUCCAGGAUCUUGUCCUAUUAUGCAAAAAGUCUAAUAUGGACAUACGCAGUCCCGUCACGCUUGGCCAUGUACAAAGUCUUGAUGUUGAUGAGUUUUUUCAUGACAAGCCUGGUAGUGUCGCACAGAUGCUCGAGAAUCUUGUUCUGCCUUCUCUCAGAAAACUGCGCAUGUCGUUCCCGACAGAAGCCCCAUCCUUUCCCAUUCAACACCACCUUGUUCAUAUCACGACAUUGGAGUUGACUUGUCGACUGAACCACCACGAGGAUGUUGUUGCUUUUUGCAUCUUCCUAGAAAGCCUCACGCAGCUAGAAACAUUAUCCAUCCAUGCGUUUCGAAUUUCUGGUAUCUUAAUGCAGAGACUGGGCUUGAGUACUGGGCCAGACUCAGAUCAGAUUUUUCGUUAUGUCCCGUGGCUCAGGUGCCUUGAUUUACGAAGGUCAACAUUUGCAAAUGAGAGAAGCGGAUAUGAAGCCCUUCUUUCUGUGGUGGCGUCUCGUCGGUGUAUGGAUGCAGAAGCGUUGAGGGAAAUCUGUUUGGACAGGCCACAGAACCCCAAGCUUUCGGAUAUGUGGGAACCGCUACGCAAGCAAGGUUUGUACGUCAAUUACUGGAAGACAUGAUGAUAAUAGUAUUUAUGUGACAAUUGAUUGUUGGGGCUCAUCAUGAGGACUCACUUUGUCCAUGCAGGGUGACUUGAAUAAUUUUCAUGAAGCCUCCCCGCCCUCAAUCUGUGUUUCGAUGACGCGUUAAGGGAUGA